AUGUGUGUGUUUGUGUGUCUGUCUGUCUGUCUGUCUGUCUGUCUAUCUAUCUAUCUAUCUAUCUCAGUCUGUUCAUAUCUAUCUAUCUAUCUAUCUGAUCUGUCCCUUAUCUUUCUUUCUUGCUAUCUAUCUAUCUAUCUGUCUGUCUGUCAGUCAGUCUGUUCAUAUCUAUCUAUCUAUCUAUCUAUCUAUCUGUAUGUCUGUCGGUUAUUCUGCCUUUGUUUAUAUGUAUGUAUCUAUCCCAAUUUGUUCAUAUCUAUCUAUCUAUCUAUCUAUCUAUCUAUUUUGUGUGUUCACAUCUAUCUCAGUCUAUUCAUAUCUAUCUAUCUAUCUAUCUAUCUAUCUAUCUAUCUAUCUAUCUAUCUAUCUAUCUAUUUUGAUCUUAUCUAUCUAUCUAUCUAUCUAUCAGAUCUGUUAAUAUCUAUCUAUCUUAGUCUGUUCAUAUCUCUCUCUCUAUCUCAGUCUGUUCAUAUCUAUCUCAGUCUGUUCAUAUCUAUCUAUCUAUCUAUCUUAGUCUGUUCAUAUCUAUCUAUCUAUCUUAGUCUGUUCAUAUCUAUCUAUCUAUCUUAG